UAUAAGAGACAACUACUUUCAGCUCUUUGUAAUCUUCUUCGUGGUGGUCGCCGGGAAAAAUGGCAGAGCAGAGGCAAAUCCGUUUCGGAAUACUGGGCUGUGCCACCGUAGCGCGAAAGCUGGCCAGAGCUAUAUCGCUGGCUCCGAACGCCACCAUCUCCGCCGUGGGCAGCAGCACGGCGGAGAAGGCUGCGGCGUUUGCCGCAGAGAACGACUGCCCUGCCACCGCGAAACUUUACGGCAGCUACGACGCCGUGCUGGAUGAUCCGGACGUGGACGCCGUUUACAUCGCUCUCCCCACCAGCCUCCACGUGCGGUGGGCCGUCCUGGCGGCGCAGAAGAAGAAGCACGUCUUGGUGGAGAAGCCGGUGGCGCUGAACGCGGCGGAGCUGGACCUGAUUCUGGCGGCGUGCGAGUCCAGUGGGGUCCAGUACAUGGAUGCUACCUCGUGGAUGCAUCAUCCUCGAACUGCUAAGAUGAAAGAGUUCCUCUCUGAUCCUCUGCGCCUUGGCCAACUCAAAUCCGUGCACUGCAACGUUUCGUUUUCCGUUGGCGAAACGCCAGAUGUGGAUGCGCUGGGCGACAACGCUUGGCACAGCAUCGGCGCAGUCCUGUUGACCACCGACUACGAACUGCCGGAAUCCGUGACGGCGUUCCGCGACCCGGAGGUGAACGAAGCCGGGGUCAUUCUCUCCUGCGGCGCUUCUCUGAAAUGGAAAGACGGCAGAGUCGCCACUUUCUACUGCUCCUCCCUGGCCGAUAUGGCCAUGGACAUCUUCGCUUACGGGACCGCCGGAAAGCUGCGCGUCCACGACUUCGUCACCCCUUUCCCAGAACAGUCUGCGCCGUCGUUCUACACCUUUGAAAGCUAUCGGUUAAUUGAGCACGGUGUGAAUUCGGAGCUUCCUCAGGAUGCUCUGAUGGUGAUGGAGUUCUGUAAUCUGGCCGGGAGUGGGAGUUCGCCGGAGAAGAAGUGGGCGGUUGUUAGCCGGAAGACGCAGCUGGUGGUGGAUGCAAUCAUGGCAUCCAUUCACAAAGGGUUUGAGACAAUUGAGGUGGUGUACUAAGUACAUUACAACAUUUUUUUAUAAUGCACUCAUAUAGUCAUAUCUACUAAAUAAAUUUAUUUCAAUAAAAUUGUUCUAUUGGAUUCUUAUUAAA